AAACCAAAAAAGGAAACCGACGAGCAGACGAGACAGUGUGAGAGUCUGAGACUGAGAGAGAGCGAGAGAGAUGACGAUGGGGACGACGACGACGCAGGCGUACGGUGAGCCGUGGUACUGGGACAACCGCUACGCCAACGAAUCAGGGCCGUUCGAUUGGUACCAGAAGUACCAAUCUUUGGCGCCGCUCAUCAAUCUCUACGUCCCCCGCCACUCCAACCAGCACCAUCGCAUCCUCGUCGUCGGUUGCGGCAACUCAGCCUUCAGCGAAGGGAUGGCUGAUGAUGGAUACGAUGAUGUGGUUAGUAUUGACAUUUCCUCUGUGGUCAUCCAAGCUAUGCAGGACAAGUACUCUGACCGUCCACACCUCAAAUAUUUGCAAAUGGAUGUUCGAGAUAUGAGUGCUUUCCAAACUGAUUCCUUUGAUGCUGUUGUUGACAAAGGAACUCUAGACUCUCUGUUGUGUGGAAGUAAUUCGCGACAAAAUGCUGCUGAAAUGCUUGACGAAGUUUGGAGGGUCCUCAAGGAUAAAGGAGUCUAUAUUCUGAUCACGUACGGAGCUCCAUUGUAUCGUUUGCAUUUGUUGAGAGAGUCAUGCUCGUGGACGAUAAAACUUCAUGUGAUAGAGAAACUUGCCUGCGAAGAUAAAUCAGAACCUCCAAUAUGGGAGCUGACAAAUCCUGUUCCAUUGAAUGACGAUGGAAGCUCAGCGGAGGAAUUGCUCGGAAACAAUCCUGAUGUGCAUUAUAUUUACGUUUGUGCGAAGGAUAAUUCUUUAAAGCCAGGCCUUAAGCGUGAAACAUCAGUUGAUUGAGGAAGAUGAGAAUCUUCAACCUCUUGCAGAUUCUUUUUCCCUUUACCUGCAUUGUUCGAAAGUUGAAACUGAUAAUUAUAGCUUCUUUAAGUAAGUUGUCUGUAUAAUGUUGAACCAUAAGCUGAGCAUCUAAUUGGCAUGGGAUCUGCAAUUCAUUUGCUGACAUAUUGAUGGUUGGAAUCUUUCUUA